AUGAAUAGGCUCCUUGAUGAGCUCAGCAGUACCAGUAUCGGUUGCCACAUAGACGGAGUUUGUGUUAAUAACAUAAGUUAUGCAGAUGAUAUGGUGCUGCUGAGUCCAUCAAGUGCAGCCUUAAAGAAAUUGUUAACCAUAUGCGAGUCUUACGCUGUGGCCCAGGGGCUCAAAUACAAUGCUGUCAAGAGCGAAUUCAUGGUUUUCAAUCCGGACCACAAGCGAUACACUAAUGUGCCACUUUUCAAGCUCUGUGGAACCCCCUUGAAAAAAGUUGAGGCUUUUAAGUACCUGGGUCACUGGAUCACGGAAGACCUAAAAGACAACCUAGAUAUUGAGAGGGAGCGGAGGUCAUUGUCUGUCCGUUGUAAUAUGUUGGCCCGCAGAUUUGCUAAAUGUACUGACGAAGCAAAGAUUACGCUUUUCAAAGCCUACUGUCAGUCAUUUUAUACGUGCAGUCUGUGGGUUAGCUUUACGCAGAGGACAUACAAUGAUCUUCGCGUACAAUAUAAUAACGCGUUCCGGGUAUUGAUGGGGCUGCCGCGUUUCUGUAGCGCUUCUGCUAUGUUUGCGGAUGCUCAUGUAGAUGGUUUCGCCGCCAUAAUGCGUAAACGUUGCGCUUCACACCUCAGGCGCGUUCGCGACAGCCCCAACAGUAUCUUGCGCGCGUUGGCAGACCGUUGGGACUCGCCGAUGUUUGCUCGAUGGAUACGGCUGCACGCAGUCAAGUAG